CACAGGGGUCAUCACACAGGGAAGGAGCUCUCUCUGGUCGAGCGACUGGGUGACGUCGUACAAGGUCCUUGUGAGCAACGACAGUCACACCUGGGUCACUCUGAAGAAUGGAUCACAAGACCUGUAGAUCUUCAUUGGUAACAAGGAGAAAGAGAUCCCUGUGUUGAACAUGUUUCCUGUGUCCGCCGUGGCUCGUUACAUCAGGGUCAACCCUCGUUCCUGGUUCAACCGUGGCAGCAUCUGCAUGAGAGUGGAGAUCCUGGGAUGUCCCAUGCCAGACUCUCAGAACUAUUACCACAGACGGAACGAGAUCACAACCACAGACAACCUGGACUUCAAACAUCACAGCUACAAAGAGAUGAGACAUCUGAUGAAGGUGGUUAAUGAGAUGUGCCCCAACAUCACAAGGAUCUAUAACAUCGGCAAGAGUCACAACGGACAGAAACUCUACGCCAUCGAGAUCUCAGACAAUCCCGGAGAGCAUGAACCAGGUGAACCAGAAUUCCGCUACACGGCCGGUUCCCAUGGUAACGAGGUGCUGGGCCGAGAGCUGCUCCUGCUGCUGAUGCAGUUCAUGUGUCAGGAGUACCUGUCGGGUAACCCACGGAUACGUCACCUGGUGCACGAGACCAGGAUACACCUGCUCCCCUCCAUCAACCCCGACGGUUACGACAAAGCCCUUGAAGUGGGUUCAGAGCUGAGUGGCUGGUCCCUGGGUCGGUGGAGUCAGGACGGAGUAGACAUCCACCAUAACUUCCCUGACCUCAACUCCAUCCUGUGGGAGGCUGAAACAAAGAAAUGGAUCCCCAGGAAGAUGCUCAACCACCAUGUGCCCAUUCCCCAGUGGUAUCAGUCCAAGAACUCCACGGUAGCAGCAGAGACGCGUGCGCUGGUCUCCUGGAUGGAGAAGAUCCCGUUCGUUCUGGGUGGUAACCUCCAGGGAGGGGAGUUGGUGGUGACCUUCCCCUACGACAGGACCCGUUCCCAGGGUGUAUCGAGGGAGCAGACCCCCACCCCAGACGACCACGUCUUCCGCUGGCUGGCCUUCUCCUACGCAUCCACCCACCGCCUGAUGACCGACGCCAGACGACGCGUCUGCCACACCGAGGACUUUGCCAAGGAAGAUGGCACCAUCAACGGGGCGUCCUGGCACACCGCGGCAGGGAGUAUGAACGACUUCAGCUACUUGCACACCAACUGCUUUGAGCUGUCGAUGUAUGUGGGCUGUGACAAAUUCCCCCAUGAGAGUGAGCUGGCGGAGGAGUGGGAAAAUAACCGGGAGUCUCUGCUCGUCUUCAUGGAGCAGGUGCAUCGUGGGAUCAAAGGCAUUGUCUGGGACAUGCAGGGGCGGGGCAUAGCCAACGCCACCAUCCAAGUGGAAGGGAUCGGCCAUGACAUCAGAACAGCGGCGGACGGGGACUACUGGAGGCUGUUGAACCCAGGAGAGUACAGCAUCACGGUGAGGGCCGAGGGCUACAGCGCCAGCAGUAAGGUGUGUGAGGUGGGCUACGACAUCGGAGCCACCCGCUGUGACUUCACCGUCAGCCGCACCAACCUGUCACGCAUCAAGGAGAUCAUGGAGAGAUACAACAAGCAGCCCAUCAGACAGCCUCUCAGGCCGCCCGUCAGGCAGCUGCAAGCACGCAGGCCCGGCCCCCGACACAGACGUGUGAGGACAUCAUAGGGGGCCCCCGCCAGGGAGCGUUAGAGAGAACGAGUAGCCUGGUCCCUCACCUGAAUGCGCUGUCUUGCCAACACCUGUGGUCAUUGUUCUGCCAAUCUGCCAAUGACCAGAGGGCUUUACAGCACAAACUGAUCUGGGACAAGGCUCGGUGUGAAGAGAGCAAUUGAGAGACAGACUCGAACAUCUCUCUCUCUAGUUCGGAUCCAACAUCUUCUUUGAUCGGGACUCCUUUCUCUGUUGUGGCACUCUGGUGGAAGUGCAGAUUGGAGAUUGAUGGUAAAAAGAUGAGAUAUUUUGAGCGAUAACGGUGUGUUUUUCUGUAUUAAAAACAAGGUUCUGUUCUUUCAACCAUGAAUUAAGCUCUCUGGUGCUUACUGUAAAAUAAGUGUAUUUUUUUUGGGGGGGGGCAUCUUAAAUGUUGCAAUGACUUCUCUACCAAAGAGUUAUUACAGUAUACAUGGUGAACCCGAAAAGUCCAAUUUUUACUUUGCCAUUAUUUGGUAAUGAAAUUGUCAGUCUAUAUUUCAAAUGAUGAAUUUUGACCAUGGAUAUUACCAUGUGUCUCUCUACUAACUCAUGCAGUA